CCUGUACAGUGAACCAACAGUUCGUUCACACCCUCAUGCAAUGUGUGUGCCUCUAUGGAAAUCAACGUCAGUCAUACCAAUUUGGCAAAGAAGACCAAACGGCCAUUACUGUCAAUGAGAGCCGCAGUGUAGAUUGUGGACUAUUCGGUUUAAUAUUUAGCAGGAAACAGGCAUAGAAGCAAGUUCCACCAAGGAUUUUUCAACGUAAGAACUUCGUAUUCAGCUAGCCACAGCUGCUGAGAGCUAGAGGAGGUCCUGAGAUAGCUAACAAGCUAGACAGCUUCCUUGGGCCAACUGGUGUGUGUCUGCUUGUACCAAGCUGUGUAUGGCAAUGCGGUGGGUAAAAGUCCCACUGGUCCCCGGGCUGGUCGUGGCGGUGUUGUCGCUGCUGGCUGAACACUGUUGGGCGGAUGGUGGGGGCCCAAACCUUGCUGAACGAGUUAUUUGGGCAGUGAACGCUGGCGGGGAAGCUCACACAGACAUGCAUGGCAUUCAUUUUAAGAAGGAUCCUUUGGAAGGGAAGCUUGGGAAAGCAUCAGAUUAUGGAGUCCGUCUGCCCAUAUUGCGUUCUAGUCCUGAAGACCAGGUUCUCUACCAGACAGAACGCUACAAUGAGGAUACUUUUGGCUAUGAAGUGCCAAUUCGUGAGGAAGGAGACUAUAUACUAGUCAUGAAGUAUGCAGAAGUCUACUUUGCACAGUCUCAGCAGAAGGUUUUUGAUGUGCGUCUUAAUGACCAUGUGGUGGUGAAAGACCUGGAUAUCUUUGAGCGGGUCGGUCACAGUACAGCUCAUGACGAAAUAGUGCCCUUCUCCAUACGCCGCGGUAAGCUGAGUGUCCAGGGAGAGGUGUCCACCUUCAACGGCAAGCUCACUGUGGAGUUUGUCAAGGGUUAUUAUGACAACCCCAAGGUCUGUGCUCUGUACGUGAUGAAAGGGACAUUAGAUGAUGUACCAAAACUCCAGCCUCACCCUGGACUGAAGAAACAUGAAGAACUUGAGGAGGAGGAUGAAGAAGAGACUGAGGUAGGCGAGGAGGGUGGUAAGAAGAGUACCUCGACAGCUCCCAAGUACAAGGUCCAGUCAGGCCCCAGAACGCCAAACCCGUAUGCGGCCGACAAUAGCAGCCUCAUGUUCCCUAUCUUGGUGGCGUUCGGUGUGUUCAUCCCUACACUCUUCUGCCUCUGUCGGCUGUGAGAACAUAAGUUCGAGGGGGAAACGGGGACAUGAAGGACAAGAGACUGUGAAGAAAGGGGGGGGGUCAAAGUGACAUCAAAGACACAAGGCAAGCAUACAGAUGGGAGAGAGCACAAGAUCCAAGGGGAGAAUGUUGAUAAGAGGACAAAAAAGAGACUACAAAUUUGGAAUGCUGGGCAGGAGGCAGAAUAAAAUGCCUUCCUCACUGACUAAGGUCACACAGAGUAAAGGGAAUGGAGAGAGUUUGUGUGUGUGUUGUACAUCUGACACCUUUUCACCACGUGGCACAUUACCACAUCGCAAAGAAAUAAGACAGGAUUUCCCACUUACAAACAAGGUUUCUCUUGUCUGGCAGGACGUGCCUGGGAUUAUACUGAGGGGUUCUGAAGUGUUGGUGGCUGUCCCUCUUUAUAGAUACACAUAUUGUUAUUGCUUUGGAUGAGGUGUGGCUUGGAGUGAAGGGAAUGCAGAUAGGCUGCUAUGCUGAUCAACAAAAAAUCAGGCCCAGUAUUUAGUCAGAUGAAACAGGAGGUGAAAUCAUGAAAAUUGACAGAUUAUUACUAAAUAAAAAAUGAAAGAUAUUUUGUUUUAGAGAUUGCGUUGUUGGUGGAGGUUAGGGGGAGAUGGUUACCAAUUUGAUCAGUUAGGCUUUAGAAUGUUGUUUUUGCUUACUCUUUUUGACUUUUUAUUUCUGUGUUUGAUUAUCUCCCAACGUGCUGGUGUUUUAGAGCAAAAAUUUACUUUAGCUUUUGAUAUAAGAUGUGCCAUAGUCUGAUGAAGACAACAUGCCAGUAAUUUCAACAAGUUCAUACUGUUACAGCCUGUUCUUUGCAGCACAUUGACAUUUCAUGUGCUGUUUUAUAAGACUGCUGAUGAAGUGUUAUCACAUUCAAGGUGGGUUUCACAAUUCUGUUGCAUAAUAUGUUUAAAAAAUGCAUGUGUACCUCAAUGGGACUAUCCCAUGCUGUGCUGUUUCAUAUAGCUGAUGCAAGUUUCCUCAAAUGUGAUCACAAGUAAGAAGUCCACUUGUUGUGCUGGCACGCAUAAAUAUCUGUCCUAGCAGGUAACUUUUGAGGCAACUAGACUAUAACGUUAUCAGAAAUUGAAUCCUUUGAGGGUUUACCUGGUUUUUAAUCACAUUGAUAAAACCCUCUAACUUCUGUGUUUUCCACUUAACGGUACAUGGCUUGGUUUGCAGCUGAUGAAAGGCCACCUUUGAAAGGUUAUGUGAAAUAGUUCUGAGCGAUUUGAGUUACAUUGCCAACAGUGAGGGACCUGAUAAUUUAACAAAUACUCUAGUGGGACAGGUCCUGAAUCAGGAACAUGUCUAAAUUGACUCAAAGAUGCAUGUCCAUUGUCAUGGUCACUGCCUUUUCUGCUCAUUUUAUGAUUGUGCAUGCCUUUUUGUUUCACCAAAGAGUGUUUUGUGUUGUAAAAUUUUGUUUUAUAAAACUCUUAGUAAUCCUCCAUUCAUAACACUAUGUGAUUAAUAUGAUUUAGUUUUUUUACUCACAUUGUUGGUGCUGUAGUGAUGAUUAAGUACUAGGUCAAGAUAGAACGUAAACAUCACAAGUUAUCCCAAAACAAUUUUGUGUCAUUAGGAGUUAUAAUAACUGGAAGAGCCUAAGCAUUUUAUUUGAUUUAGUAUUUAUGUAAUGUACUCCCUUGAGAGACUGCUGGAUUCUUUAAAAUUAUUGGAACAUGAAUGUAGGACUUACAAUGUGAAGAACAAUUGUGUGUAUGCAUAAAUAAUUAGUUAUCCAUGGCUACCUAGAGGGUUAGAAAGUGAAAUGAGUUAGAAAGAACUAGUUAUGUUGAACAUUUGUUGCUAAGCAAGAUUUUCAGUGGUAUGCUAAAUUGAAACUGGCUGACCAGAAAGCUUGAGAGUGGCCUUAAGAAUUAUUUUAUUGCAAUUUUGAAAUUAUGAUCCCAGGGAAAAGUGUUUAUUUUUGAUUUUUUUUUAAGCCUGUACAUUUUUUAGAACUAAUUUGAGUCGCUAUUAGUCAAAUCAACAUGAUGUAAAAACAGUGUGCUUGCACCAGUCUUAAUCAUGAUCUAUAGCCUAUUCACUAUGCACCUGUGCGUAGAUAUGGGUGUGUGCAUGUUUCACUGUUGAAUAUUUCUCCUCUUCCCCGUCUCUCCAUUAAAUAGUUCAGUUUAGGCCAGUAUUUUUGUCUCAUCAAUCCCUAGCAUACCUUGUCUUAAAGUAGACCGCAGCAUUUUGUUAUUAGUCUCUAAGGUGUCCCAGUGACAUCCUAUAUUCUUCCAUACAGUUAGCCUAGAAGUCAGUAGCUGCAUGAUUGCAUUUUUUUGUGUGUCCAAUUGCCUCUGUAUCAAGAACGUAACUCUUUCCAAGAAUGACACGUCUUUUACCAAGCCUUGUCUUAUGUUCCCCCAAGCCUCUCCACACUUGUCAUUGAUUUCACACUUGCUGAAUACUUGACAAAUAGUUGAUCCAGGUGUUGUAAAUCCCCUCACUCCUGAGGUUUCCCUCCAUGUUCCAUGCUGCUGGAAAAUCAGCCAGGGGAGGUUACAAUACUUGAUAGUCAGCUGAUAGUAGUUUGGUUUAUUUGUGUUUUUUUUUACAUAAAAAUGAAACAAUCCAUAAAUAAUCAGAAGCACCUUUUGUUCCUUAGUUGAAAAACUGCAAAAAAAUGUAAAUCUUUUGUUUGUUGGCUAAUCGAAAUCUACACAGUUGCGUGUGUAUAUACUGUAUGGUACAAUAUCACACUUAUUGUAGUGUGACAGCGGUUUUUUUUCAUCAAAAUAUUGUUAUUAUUGAGGUGUUAGGUAUUUUUUUUAAUGGUUAAUUGUAAAGAAGACUGGCCUUUCUGCUGAGGAUGACAGUCAGGCAAACACUGACUGUCAGGAAGAGAAAUGUGAUUAGCAUAGUAUGGAAUUCUUUACAUUUUAUAUUGUAUAAUUUAAGUAAGAAAGUGGGGUUUAAUCUUGAGAUAUUUGCUAAAUGAUUAAUAAAGAUUUGUAGCUUUAACAUUUCUCAGGAUUGGUUUAAUUUUUUUUUUAAUUACCAUGAUUUAGCUAGUUUAUUGUCAAAGCAUUUGUCUGUUAUUUGUGUGUAAUUUUGUUUUGAUUGAGUCAUUGUGGCCUUGGUUUGAAUACAUUUGUUUUACCAUUAUCUGCUUUGAGGUUCCUUUUUUUGGUGUGCUUUUCAUUACUUAAUUGCAUGGUUUUUAUUUAUUUAUUUUUGCCCACGAAAGGCCUAGUGUGCAAAAAUGCUAACCCUACAUAAACUCACCUUGGAUAAGAACCAAAGGCUUGCUGUCAUAUAGAUAUGUAGGCCUAAGUCUUCAAUAAUUACAUUUAGCUGCAUCACUCUCCCAUUAUCCCCACUGAGGUACAGACAGACAACAAUCAUACACUCUUGCGCUCCACACACAGUCACAAUCACAGAGUAUGUAUGAAUGUGUGUGAGAGUGAUCAAUGCCAAUAAGGAAUCCUACUCUCCUUAUUGAUUUCUCCCAGCCCUGAGAGCUUCAGGUGGACUGAUGGGGUAACUUGAGAUGCCCCCCACCUUCCUCAGUUUUAGCUCUGCAAAUAACAUCUACAAAGUAGGAACUGCUGAUAAAUGCUGUCUCUUCUUAAUAAAUGUGCUAUUUUAUCUAA